GUGGCCGGCGGCGGAAGGGGGCGGGGCCUGCGUGGCGCGCUCGGGGCCGCGAUGCUGUUCUACUCCUUCUUCAAGUCCCUGGUGGGCAAGGACGUGGUGGUGGAGCUCAAGAACGACCUCAGCAUCUGCGGCACGCUGCACUCGGUGGAUCAGUACCUGAACAUCAAACUGACCGACAUCAGCGUGACGGACCCCGAGAAGUACCCGCACAUGCUCUCGGUCAAGAACUGCUUCAUCCGCGGCUCCGUGGUUCGCUACGUGCAGCUGCCCGCCGACGAGGUGGACACGCAGCUGCUGCAGGACGCGGCGCGCAAGGAGGCGCUGCAGCAGAAACAGUGACCCAAAAACGGGCGGAUUCGCCCCAAAAUCGAGGGGGGGGGUCCUCCCCGAAAUCUGGGGGGGAUUCGCCCCAAAGAAACGGGGAAAUUCACCCCGAAUAACGGGGGGAGUCGCCCCAAAAUAUCUGCAGAAACCCCUCCCUGAAAACGGGGGAUUCGCCCCAAAAUCUGGGGGAUUCGCCCCAAAAUCUGGGGGAUUCACCCCCAAAAUAUCUGCAGAAAACCCCUCCCUGAAAACGGGGGGAUUCGCCCCAAAAUCUGGGGGGAUUCGCCCCAAAAUCUGGGGCGGACCCCUCCCCAAAAUCCGCAGAGAUUCCUCCUCAAAACCCGGGGUGAUUUCCCCCGAAAUCCGGGGGGGUUCACCCCAAAAUAACGGGGGGGGGGGGAUUCUCUCUGAAAUCUGCAGAUUCCUUGCUGAAAAACGGGGAGAUUCACCCCAAAAUCUGGGGGGAUCCCCUCCCCCAAAAUCCAGGGUGAUCUCCCCCCAAAUCGGGGGGGAUUCACCCUAAAACUGGGGCGAUCCCCUCCCCAAAACUGGGGGGAUUCACCCUAAACUGGGGAAGAUUCACCUCAAAAACUGGGGGGGAUGCACCUCAAAAUACCUGCAAAGACCCCUCCCCAAAACCCGGGGUGAUCUCCCCCCAAAUCUGGGGAGAUUGUCCCCAAAAUAACGGGGGGGAUUCACCCCGAAAAUGGGGGGGAUUGACCCCAAAAUAUCUGUGGGGGAUUCACUCCUGAAAUGGGAGGAUUUACCCAAAAUUGGGGGAGAUUCACCCCAAAAUCCUGCAGGGACCCCUCCCCAAAAUAGGGGUGAUCUCCCCCAAAAUAUCGGGGGGGAUUCUCCCCAAAAUGUGCAGGGACCCCUCCCCAAUCCCGGGGGUCUCCCCGGACCCCCAAUAAACGCCGGGCCCUGCCCCGC